CCGGGAGGCUGUGGGACAGUGUUUCGGCUCUCUGGAGUAGCCUGGUCUCCCAGCUCUCCGCGAUGGUUCUUGUCUUCAGUUCACUUUAAGGCAUCUAAAAUGACUACGAAUGUUUGUUCCGUCAUCACCACUGUUGGUUAAUGUCGAGAGCUCCUAAGAUACUUGAGGCUGUUAAAAAGUGGUCCUCUGUGACAAUGUAUAUUUGGCCACAGGAUUUUCAAGGUACAAGCGAUACCUCUGCUGCUGCUCUAACAACUGCUUAUGUUUGUCACUACUUUUCUAAGAACAGGAGGCAUAGGAUAAGAAUAAAAAUAUCUGAAAAAUUGGAGAAGAUAAAAAGUAUAUUCUUAAUUCCAAACCAGGAGCUCGAUAAAGAAAUGCACAAUUUUGAGGAUGAGUUAACGUGUCCCAUUUGUUACAGUAUUUUUGAAGAUCCUCGUGUACUACCAUGUUCUCAUACAUUUUGUAGAAAUUGUUUGGAAAAUGUUCUUCACGCAUCUGGUAACUUUUAUAUAUGGAGACCUUUACGAAUUCCAUUGAAGUGCCCAAAUUGCCGAAGUAUUAUUGAAAUUGCUCCAACUGGUAUCGAAUCUUUACCUGUUAAUUUUGCAUUAAGAGCAAUUAUUGAAAAGUACCAGCAAGAAGACCAUCCAGAUAUUGUCACCUGCCCUGAACAUAAUAGGCAACCAUUAAAUGUUUUUUGUCUACUAGAUAAAAAAUUAGUUUGUGGUCAUUGCCUUACUAUAGGUCAACAUCAUGGUCAUCCUAUAGAUGACCUGCAAAGUGCCUAUCUGAAAGAAAAGGACACUCCUCAAAAAUUGCUUGAACAGUUAACUGACACACAUUGGACAGAUCUUAGUUGUCUUGUUGAAAAACUGGAAGAACAAAAAUCUCAUUCUGAGAAGAUGGUUCAAGGUGAUAAAGAAGUUGUUCUCCAUUAUUUUAAGGAGCUUAGUGAUACAUUAGAACAGAAGAAAAAAAUUUUCCUGACUGCCCUAAGUGAUGUUGGAAAUCUGAUUAAUCAAGAAUAUGUUCCACAAAUUGAAAGAAUUAAAGAAAUAAGAGAGCAGCAGCUUGAAUUAGUGACAUUGACCACAUCUUUGCAAGAAGAAUCUCCACUUAAAUUUCUUGAAAAAGUUGAUGAUGUCCGCCAGCGUGUGCAGAUCUUGAAACAAAGGCCACUUCCUGAGGUUAAACCUGUUGAAAUUUACCCUCGUGUAAGCCAAAUAUUGAAAGAAGAAUGGUGCAGAACAGAAAUUGGACAAAUCAAGAAAGUUGUCAUUCCUGAAAUGAAAAUUUCUACAAAAAGGAUGUCAUGUUCCUGGCCUGAUAAGGAUGAAAAAGAAGUUGAAUUUUUAAAAAUUUUAAACAUUGUUGUAGUUACACUAAUUUCAGUGAUACUGAUAUUGACACUCUUUUUUAACCAACAUAUAUCCUUUCUAAAUGAAAUCACUUCAGUAUAUUUUUCUGACGUGUCUCUAUCUGUUUACCAAAGUUUAUCUAACAACUUGCAUAAUUUAAAGGAUAUACUAUGUCACACUUUAUAUUUGCUAAAGGAAUUCAUGUGGAAAAUAGUUUCUCAUUGAAAACUGAAAUCCCAGUUGUUUAAAUAGGCAUAUGCUAUGCAGCAGAGACUAACCAUCGCCAAGUGAAGAAUAGGGGUCGCAUGGAUACAUUAAAACAAAUAGCAAAUUUUAACUUUAUUAGUUGCAACAAACAUGUAGAACUAUAUCUUUCAUGCUUCUGUUGGGUAAAAAUGAUGUGUGAAAGUUAGAAUUGAGACACAGAAUGUGUGAAACAUUCAAAUCAAGUCAUUAGAAAAAUAAAAUCUAGUAAUUACAUGACUUGAGUAUUUAUUAAAAAUACAGUAUCCCAUUUUGAUUGACUUGAUAGAUGACGUAUCACCCUGAUAUUAAACAUGUGUGUACCAAUAUUGACUUUUAUCAUUAUACACUGCAGUGGUUGGCUUUGCAAUUCUUUUUAUAUAUCUGUAUUUAUAUAUGUAGCUUUUAGAUCAAGAGAUGGCAAAGUCCAGAAAGUGCACAUGCCUUUGUUUUCAUGUGGCGUGAAGCUUCGGGGUGGGUGAAUAAUAGUGGUGCAAAAAGCUUUUACAGAGUAUAACUGAUAAGGGAUUGCUUACAUUAAGGAUCUAUUUGAUCCUGGUCUACACAUUUAAUGUGUUUUAGAUUUAAGAUCCUUUAAAUUGUUCCUUCCAAAUAUUCAUUCCAAAUAAAGGUGUUCGAUAAACUAAGUAUUAGAGAACCAGUGGUAUUUUCUAAUAUAGUUUUUAAUACAAAUCUAUGAUUUGAGUAAGUUUAUUUUGAGAUUGUAUUUGAGUGUGUAGUGUUUUGUUUAGUCUUGUCAGUAGUUAAAUCACUUCUUAGAUAAUUUGAAAACAUUAUUUGAACAGAACCAUGUUGGUGACAUAAUCCAUUCUCAACGAGUCAAAUUACUUUGAUUGAAUUUACAGUGAUUAGAGUUGUGAUGGUUGUGGUAGGACUUUUGAGCUGUUUGCCCUUGCAAGUACAAGCUCAGUUGCUUUCCAGAAAUCCUGAUGAUCGGUUGCUCUGGGAUUGCAUUUCUAAAUCUUAGCUAACUAAAAAAUUUUUAAUAUCAGAUUAGUGCUCCUGGCACUACAGAUUACAUUCAAAUGAAUUAUAAUAAAUAUGGCUGUAUUCAGGACACUAGUUCUCAAAUCACCUUUAUAGCUUAUCUGAGAAGAAAUCAAACAGAAGUUUGAUUUCAGAAGGCUGUAUUAACUCCAUUUGGGACCAGAAUCAGACCGUAUCUGGCAUAAUUAACUAUUGUGGGGUCAAAGAGCAUUUGAAGGCUAUAAUGGGUGUGGGAAGAUGUGUUCAGAUAUUAAGAUACAUAAAGAUGAUAAAAAUACAUAUUACCCUGACUAAAGUUGCAUUCAUUUGAUUACUUACAAUAGCCAUGCCACGGAAGUGCCAUACACUUCUGAGUAAAUGUAAACAUUAAUAAAACACUGAUAUAUUACCUAUUAUGUAUUAGGCAGUUAUUCUUAGUUCUGAAAUGGGUACCAACACUCAUUUUAUAGGUGAGGCAACAGGCACAGAAAUAACUUCUCAAAGGUCAAUAUAGCUAUAUGAGGGGGGACAGUGGGAUUGGUGGGGCCACAGGGAUCACACUCCUGUUUGUCUAGUUUGUGGAUAGAUGAAUAGAAAGGUGGGGGAAGGAAGGAAACAGACAGGCAAGGGC